AUGUCUCCUAUGGAUUUAGCUGUGUGUUUGGUACUGUUAGCUGCCACAGUGUCUUCUACCAAGUUCAGCAAGAUUCCACUCAAGGCAGCUCGAGAAAAUUUGUUUGGAAUUCAACCCAAUAGACCUGGUUGUAUAUUGGGCAGUAAGUUUUACGGUAUCGGUGAGAGAUGGACUCCUGAAUUGUUACCAGUAGGUGAAAUGUACUGCGUUAAAUGUGAAUGUGUGCCGGUUGAACGUAAAGGUAUUAUCGAUAUGAAAGGACAGACUCUGUGUAAGAACAUCAAGAAUCUGUGUCCCAGACCCAACUGUCUCAAUCCCGUCCUUCCCAAAGGAAAAUGUUGUAAAGUUUGCCCCGAUGAAGUCAACAGUUUUGAAGAUAGCUUCAGCCUUGGUUCCAAAUCGUCCGCCCCUACCAUGAUCAGUUCUGAUAGUAAACGUCGAGUCAGAAACGAGUUUGUGUCCCUAUUGGUAGGCAAGAACGUCCGACGUGAGAGCGUCAAGACUUCCGCCGUAGCUGCUGUAUAUUUCUCUAUCGUUGGUCGCGAUGAAAUCAGAUACUCGGUCCGAUACUUCAAACUCGAUCGUCCUAAAUUCUUGCAAAUUACCGAUGCCAAUGGUAAUGUCUUAUUUGAGCGACCCAUCGAGAAGAAGCGAAACGGCGACAAGAAAUUCUGUGGUAUCUGGACCAAGGUUCCUUCCGCUUAUAUCCAGUAUGUCCGUGAAGAACGUCUGUUCGCCGUCAUCACUGCUUCACGUCACUUCCGGGGGCUGGUUUCCGGUAGAAUUAUGGUAAAUCGUCAUGCUAAACGAGAGGUUUUCAGCUCUGUUCUUGCAUCACCCAAAGCAAAUGGUAUUGGCGGUUUAUUAUCUGUCGUCUACAAUCCUCGAACACACCUUGUUGAUUACGUCAUUAAUCUUGAUGGAGUUUUUCCAGGUUCUUCCGAAGAAUAUUUUAUCACCAUCUCCAAGAAAAGUAAAGUUUUACAUCAAUCUAAAGGCAAAGCCAGUUCUAAGACAAGAUUUAUUCGCGGUUCCUGGACAUUGAAAAACAAACGUCAAUCUAAACAGCUAGCUCGUGGUCGUCUGACCAUUCGUCUGACCUCAACCAAUGGUGCCUCAGUCAGUGGUGAUAUUAAACCAAAAGUAACUUGUGGAGUUUCUCAAGCUGUCAUGUCAUCUGGUAAUUCCCUCGAAGAAAUGAAACUCGCCUCUUCCGGUACCGCCGUCUUUGAAUUGAGAGAAAAGGGUUCCCUUGACUACAAGAUCAGAGUUACCGGCCUUACCAGUAAAGUUCAUCGUAUCCGACUAGAGGGCGCCGUCAACAAGAAAAACAGACGACAGAUUAUUGGAAGCGUUCACAGAAACUUCAAAGCUGAUGAAAAUUCCUUCAAUGGCUGGUGUAAUGGUACCUUCAAGAAAAUGACCGCUGAUGACCUUCACCUUUUCCUUAACAACAAGAUCUUCGUCAACGUAGCCACCAGUGAAAACAGAAUUAGUGAAUUGAGAGGUCGAGUUAUUGCCCUUCCUUACCAUUCCCACUUCGAACAGGUUUCUGCUGAUCCUGCUGCUCUUGGUCCCAAAACAAUAACUUCCAAUGGUCAUGCUGGUAAUGCUUGGAUCUCAAUGGGUGUUGGCUGUUCUCUUCAUUACGACAUCACCACAACCACCAUCGCCAAACAUCACGAUCUUACCCUGAGCCUCGUCAGCCCAACUGAUAUCGAUGCUUAUGUCACCAUCGAGAAGAUCUCCACAACCAACUUGUAUGAAUUCCAACAAGCCUCUGGUAGCAUUGCUGUUGUUCCCGAGUCCCUCUUCCGAGACCUUGAUGAAGGUUCUGCUUUGAUUCAAGUCAUCUCUGGGGAUGUCAUCUUAUCUGGAAACGUGAGUGUACCCAAUACUUGCUGGCAAUACAGUCAAGACUACGAUAUGGAUAUCUUGGUGGAUGAACAGACCUCAGAAGAAGUAUUAGCUGCCAAUAGAUAUAAGUGUGUUUAUGAAGGCAAGGUCUAUGAAAACGGUGAUAGUUGGUUACCCGAUGUUAAUGCUACUUGUAACACUUGCAGUUGUAACAAAGGAAAAAUCGAAUGCCACCGUCUGAUCUGCCCAGUUGUCGAAUGCGCCAAUCCAAUUGUACUCGAUGGUGAAUGUUGUCCAACCUGUCCCAUUGAAACAACUGAUCAAACCGAGUGUAAAAUUGAUGGUGAUCUGCGAAGUCAUCCAGUUGGUUCCACCUGGCAUCCAUUCCUUCCUUUAAUGGGUUAUGCUAAAUGUGUCAUCUGUACUUGCUUGCCCGGUGGUAUCUAUAAAUGUGAACGAAAAUGUCCCAAACUCGAUUGUCCAGCUUCCAGAAGAAUUCGAUUGAACCCAAAGGACUGUUGUCAAGUUUGUGCACCCGAGGAAGUAAAACCAGAAGUUGUGAAACCCCUCCAAGAUGUUGAUAUGAAAGGUGCAUGCUCAUUCAAAGACCAGAUCUAUGCCAAUGGUGCCAAAUGGCAUCCACGAGUCAUUCCUUUUGGUUAUAUGAAGUGUAUUGACUGCUCUUGUAACAAUGGUACUCCAUCUUGUAGCCGACCAAAAUGUCCUAAACUCUCUUGCAGUAGAAAAAUCCGUGAAGAUGGCGCCUGUUGUGAUACUUGUGCUGAUUCUGAUGGCGAAGAAAUAGUCGAAGAAAAGAAAAGUGACUCUUGUAUAUUCGGUGGUAAGAAAUACGAUGAUGGUGAAACAUUCCAGCCCAAAACCUCCUCAUUAAGUAGCUGUGCCACCUGUACCUGCCGCAAAGGAUCCAUGAAAUGUUCCUUGACCUGUCCAGAGAAAUGUAAAGAUCCUAAACACAGUAACGAUCCUUGUUGCAAGCAUUGCUAA